GAAAUAGGUUAUGUCGUCUUCUCUGUCAUACAUUAUGUAUUAGACUGAUCCACCUGAAAGAAAUGCGGGCCGAGUGUAGUUGGACACCACGUUUGGAACGCAGCCCUGUUGUGUUGUAGGUGUAGCUGGAGAUGUAUGGAACGUAGCCGCAAUUUGUCUGGUUCCUGUCUCCGUCACGUCGGGGUUCCCUGUAGUACAGCGCUUUCUAGCUGUUUAGCGAAAUUACCGAAAGAAAGUUACUCUAUUUAGUUAGAUAAUUUGUAUAGAAAAAAGAAAGCGUCACAUUAACAAAGAGUUAACAAUAUGCCUGCCGUCUCUAAAGGGGAUGGGAUGCGUGGCCUGGCCGUGUUCAUCUCUGACAUCAGGAACUGUAAAAGUAAAGAGGCAGAGAUUAAGAGGAUAAACAAAGAACUGGCCAAUAUCCGGUCCAAAUUUAAAGGAGACAAGGCUCUAGAUGGCUACAGUAAAAAAAAGUAUGUGUGCAAGCUUCUUUUUAUCUUUCUUCUGGGUCAUGAUAUCGACUUCGGACACAUGGAGGCUGUCAACCUCCUCAGCUCCAACAAGUACACAGAGAAACAAAUUGGUUACCUGUUCAUCUCAGUGCUGGUGAACUCGAACAGUGACCUGAUCCGUCUAAUCAACAAUGCCAUUAAGAAUGACCUGGCCAGCCGCAAUCCGACCUUCAUGAACCUGGCCCUGCACUGCAUUGCUAAUGUGGGCAGCAGAGAAAUGGCUGAGGCAUUUGCUUCUGAAAUUCCCCGCAUCCUGGUGGCAGGGGACACCAUGGACAGUGUGAAGCAAAGCGCAGCAUUAUGCCUGCUACGAUUGAACAGAACAUCUCCUGACCUGGUGCCUAUGGGUGAAUGGACAACACGAGUGGUCCAUCUGCUUAAUGAUCAGCAUCUGGAUGCAGCAUUGCGAAGUCGUCUGACAGAGUGUCUGGAGACCAUCCUCAAUAAAGCCCAAGAACCACCAAAGUCCAAGAAGGUCCAGCACUCCAAUGCAAAGAAUGCUGUUCUGUUUGAAGCCAUCUCCCUCAUCAUCCACCAUGAUAGUGAGCCCACCCUGUUGGUACGAGCCUGCAACCAGCUGGGUCAGUUUCUGCAGCACAGGGAAACCAACCUUCGUUAUUUGGCUUUGGAGAGCAUGUGCACACUAGCCAGCUCAGAGUUUUCUCAUGAGACAGUAAAGACACAUAUUGAAACUGUGAUCAACGCUCUAAAGACUGAGCGAGAUGUGAGUGUUCGUCAGCGGGCUGUGGAUCUGCUCUAUGCUAUGUGUGACCGCAGCAAUGCCAAGCAGAUUGUGGCAGAGAUGCUGAGCUACCUGGAGACCGCUGACUACUCAAUCAGAGAGGAGAUAGUGCUCAAGGUGGCUAUUCUGGCAGAAAAAUAUGCUGUGGACUACACCUGGUACGUGGACACCAUCCUCAACCUCAUUCGCAUCGCCGGUGACUAUGUCAGCGAGGAGGUGUGGUAUCGUGUCAUCCAGAUUGUCAUAAACCGAGAUGAUGUCCAAGGCUAUGCUGCCAAGACCGUCUUUGAGGCACUACAGGCUCCCGCCUGCCACGAGGAGACUGGUUUGCCCAAUUUAAACAAAAAUAUCUUCUCACUUUCCUCAAGUAGCUCACCAGAAUAUUCAGAGGUGUUGCUGUUAAUGCUUUGUUUAUUCUCCUUCAGUCCUCUGGUCCAGUUCAACCUUCUCCACUCCAAGUUCCACCUGUGCUCUGUGCCAACUCGGGCACUGUUGCUGUCGGCCUACAUCAAGUUCAUUAACUUGUUUCCAGAAGUAAAGGCCACGAUCCAAGAUGUGCUGCGGUCAGACAGUCAGUUGCGCAAUGCUGACGUAGAGCUUCAGCAGAGAGCUGUUGAGUACCUGAGGCUCAGCUGCAUCGCCAGUACAGACAUACUGGCCACAGUCUUAGAAGAAAUGCCCCCAUUCCAAGAGAGAGAGUCUUCUAUCAUGGCCAGGUUGAAGAAGAAGAAGGGCCCAGGCAACCUGCCUGACAUUGACGAUGCCCGGCGGAAUGUCAACGGCAGCACUGAGCACAGUGAGAACAAUGAAGCCACAAACAAGAAAGUGCGAAUUAAACAGAUUGAUGUGGACCAUCUCUUUAGCCUGGGUCCCACUCACCCCUUCACAGACCUGGUGAAUCUAAACUCCCCUCCUUCAGCAGAGGCAAGCCUGCUAGUUGACGUCUUUUCUGACAGCUCUUCUCCUGCUUCCCCUCUUCCCCUCGAUGUGUCGGAGGACAAUUUUCUCAGGUUUGUUUGCAAGAACAAUGGUGUCAUCUUUGAGAACCAGCUUUUGCAGAUUGGACUGAAGUCUGAGUACAGGCAGAACCUGGGUCGCAUUUAUGUGUUCUACGGCAACAAGACGUCUACCCAGUUCCUCAGCUUCUCCACGUCGGUGACCAGUAACGACAUGCUCAAGACUCAGCUGAAUGUCCACUGUAAAUCAGUAGACCCCACAAUAGAAGGUGGGGCUCAGGUCCAGCAGAUCCUCAACAUUGAGUGUGUGUCAGAUUUCACAGAUGCACCAGUACUCAACAUCCAGUUCAGAUACGGUGGAACUCUUCAGAACAUUGCAGUGAAACUCCCUGUGAUGCUGAACAAGUUCUUUCAGCCCACAGAGAUGACAUCCCAAGACUUCUUCCAACGCUGGAAACAGCUUGGAGCUCCACAGCAAGAAGUUCAGAAAAUCUUCAAAGCCAAACACCCGAUGGACACAGAUGUUUCCAAGGCCAAGAUCUUAGGUUUUGGUGUGGCUCUGCUGGAUGGGGUGGAUCCCAAUCCUGAAAACUUUGUUGGGGCUGGAGUCAUCCACACUAAGAACACUCAGGUGGGCUGCCUCCUCAGACUGGAACCUAACGCACAAGCACAGAUGUAUCGCCUCACCCUCCGGACCAGCAGGGACUCUGUGUCUCAGAGACUGUGUGAUCUCCUGUCUGAACAGUUUUAGGCACUCACAGCAUUUUUACACUCUUCCCUCCUGGUUUCACUUUAGAUUGCUAUUGAUGUAUUGUACUGUGUACAUUAUUUUUUACUUAUUCUACACUUAAAUGAAGUGAAAUUUUCACACAUAGCUUUACUAACACGUCACUGGUUUAAAGCUAGCUUGUACUAGCUGUCUGUGUACGUGUCCUCACACUGUUAGCACCUUAGCUGACAUGUUGUGAACGGGGUUCGAGGCUCUGAAUGCUUCUCUGUUGUGUUCUGCAGCUGCAAAGUUUUGUACAGUUUUGAAGUUGUGUGUCUUUGCUCUCUGGGUUCUGCCCUUCUUCCUUAAACAUGUUGAGGAGCUGCUUGGUAAGCAUGAAUGAACUGGUUGGCAAUUUCAGUAGGAUUGUAAGCUUACCAGUGAUCUUGACAGUUAGUUGGGUCAUUCUGAUAGCAUUUUCAUAAGACAUUUAUUUUUGUAGUGUUUCAGAUGUUGAACUGAACUGGAGAGGUUUCAUCAACUUCUCACCCAAUUUGCAAAAAAUAACUUCACAUAAAUAGAUAAUAUUUUGACACUUGAAUUUUGACGUGAUUGUUAUUUUUUUGCUCAUUUCGCCAGUUUUACACAUCUGUCAUCUCAGAAGAAAGAGCCAAGCCUUGCAUGUUACUAUUUGUAUUUAGCAGAAAAUAGGCUGGAUGCUAUAUUUUUGGUUCCCUUGUGGGACCUAUUGAACUAUACUGUGCAUAUAUUUCACACAGAAUUCAGACACUCAAAUGGCAUGAAGUUAAGGCAGAACACUAGGACACAAGGACACAAAUGAACAGCAAUUUCUGAUGGUCAUGGAAUUUCAGUAACCUCUGCUGAACUCCACACAUUUCUGCCUGUGAACUUUUUGUUACUUUGUGAAGAACAGACAGAGACUGAAAUAAACGGCACUGUUCAAAAAGUC